UCCAGGCUCAGGUUGUGUGUUAAAAUUGUGGUGCAGAACAAACUUGUGAAAAAUGCAAUAAAACUAUCAAAAUAUUUAACAAAAACUUAUAACAAUGGCUACUCAAAAGCCCGGCGAGUGGGCGAACUCAUUACUUGCACGUUUUGAAGAGCAGCUCCCAAAUAAAAGCAGAAUCUAUGGCACUCAGGCUAGAUUGAGCCAGGAUCAACUGAUCAAUUGUUUGAUUCAGAUAUCACGUUAUCGAUUUUCCUUGGUCAUAUCAGGUCUGACAAAGAUGCUGCAGAGAGUCAACGAAACUUCUAUUGCACAAUUUCGUGUCCAUGACACAGAACGAUUUUACUAUGAUUCUUUGAUUAUUAUUUUAACUACAUUGGAACGAUGCCUUACCAAUCAAUCAAAAGACACAGCGCGCUUUGAAGAAGCAAUGAAUGUUAAGCUGCUGUUGCGAGAGAUUUCCCAGUUCAUUGAUUUUCAGAGUGAAACCAAUCCAAAUGCUGCCCAAUUGAAAGCAUUGGCAUCAAAAGUGCUGUUUGCACUUUCACAAAACCAUUUCUCUGCAGUUUUUAAUCGAAUAUCAGCAAGAAUUCAGGAACUAACAGCAUGUUCAGAGGAGAACCCUGAUUAUAGUGACAUAGAGUUAAUUCAACACAUCGAUAUGGAUGUAACUAAGCUUACAAAACUUUUACAAGAAACCAUAACGAAAUUUCGAUCUAAAAAAGCUCCACCUUUGAUACUUCUCUACUCAUUAGAAAAGGCAAUAUGGAACUGGAUAGAAUACCACCCACUUGAAUUUCAAGAUUUACAAAGAGGAGUAAACAAAGAUAUAUCUUCGUGCUGGGAACCUUUGCUAGAUUUCGUGGAAGCAUACAAAGCCGAAAACAAAAAGAGCAAAACUACUGUAUGGUCACUGCAAAUGCUAUUGUUGAUCCUAAACCCCGUUUCUCUUGAAGCAACCGUCAACGAACUACAACAAAUGGACAAGGAAAAAGAAAAGGAACGAGAUAAAGAUCGGGUUCAAAGCAAAGUUCCAACAUCUCGCGACAAAGAUUACUCUUCUAAACAAUUUAUUGAAAGUGUAAAACGUGGCCUAGGACAACAUUCUCCUUCGAAGCAAGUUACAGAAUCUGCAGCCAUUGCUUGCGUAAAACUUUGCAAAGCAUCAACAUACAUAAAUAUCAACGAUUCUAACAAUGUCAUUUUCAAAUUAGUCCAGUACAUUAUAAAUGAUCUUAAAGCUCUGCUUUUUAACCCAACCAAACCUUUUUCCCGUGGUCAAGGAUACAAUUUUGCGGAUAUAGAACUGAUGAUUGAUUGUUGGGUAUCUUGCUUUCGUAUCAAUCCGCACAAUAUCGAAGCUUUAAAAGUGUGUUUGAACUUGUCAUCACCACCUGCAUACCAUUUUGUAAUUGUUUGUGCAUUAUUGAGACUUGCCCACAUUUAUGUAGACUUUCGAAUGCCCAACAAAAAUCCAUUUAGGAUUGUUAACCAACCACGGCUUCCUUGGUGGCCACAAACUGAUGUUGUUCACUAUCGUUCAGCCGAAUUAAGAGCACUCUUUACAGACACUUUAAAUAAAGCAACGCAAGGUUAUAUUGCUCACACUCCCCUUCGAAUGAUAACCUCAUUAACACUGAAGUCAAAAGAUGCACAAAAGGGACUUACUCGGGCUGAAGAAGGACCAGCACACAAAAUGUUGCUUCUAUUUCUUGUUCGAUUGAUUCAUGCCGAUCCCACACUGCUUUUAAAUACACAGGGAAAAGUAGCACAUGAAGUACAGAGUUCAACGCUGGAACUUAUAAAUGGUCUUGUCAGUCUGGUUCAUCAACCAACAAUGCCCGAUGUAGCUCAAGAAGCCAUGGAAGCAUUAUUAGCUCUUCAUUCUCCAGAAAAGAUUGAGGUCUGGAAUCCAGAAGCACCAAUUAAUACUUUUUGGGAUGUUAGCUCCCAAGUUCUCUUUUCUAUUUCCCAAAAGCUGAUUCAACACCAAAUUGCUAAUUAUACUGAUGUUCUAAAAUGGCUACGAGAAAUUCUGAUAUGCCGGAAUACAUUUCUUCAGAGACAUAAAGACUAUGCUCAUGUUGGAAGUCAAAUUGCAAUAUGCAAGCAAGCUCAUAUUAAGCUCGAAGUCGUCUUUUUCAUGUACCUUUGGUCAGUUGAUUUAGAUGCGGUGAUAACUUCAUUGUCUUGUCUUGGUUUAUUGGUUGAGGAAGCAGAAAUUAGAUAUGGACAAGAUGAGAUGGCAGUUGGCUUUGUAAUGCCAAAUUAUCAUAUCUACCAAGAAUUGGCGCAAUUAUCAACAGCUAGUACAGAUACCCGAUUUUGUUUUUAUGAAAACGUCCAUGGAAACUCUGUUUUAAAUCGGGUAGUUCUUCAAAAACGAAUUAUGUUGCUUUUGCGAAAAAUUGAAGUUUGUGCAAAUGGUGUGCAACCAGCAUGGGAGGAAACUUUUAGAAAUUGGGAAGCCAUCAGUAAAAUUCUUCAAUCUUAUCCUAAAUGCAAAACCGAAGAUGGACAAGCAGAAGUAUUCCAUCGCGGAAUGGGAAAACGUCGAGCAUCCCACCAAAGUUCCGAACACGAUCUAGAAGAACAAAUUACCGAAUGGGCUAAUAUGACAUGGUUUCUUUUGGCACUCGGUGGAGUUUGCUUACAAAGACCACGUUCGCUACGUGUACCAAUUAAUUUAAAUCAAAACAUUCAAAACUGCCAAAGCAGCCAAAGCAACCAAAAUAUUACAAAUAACCCCAUUAAUGUGCACAGCCAUCCAAACAAUCCACACAGCACAAGUAAUCAAAGUAUGUCACACAAUGCCACAAUGCCACUGAACCCGAAUAUAAGUGUUUCAUUGGGUUCAUUGGCCCAGAACUCAGUGAACUCAGUUUCGAGUUCAGUGAGUUCCGGACGAGGUUCCCUUCAUCCAAGUACAAUAUCACUUGUGACUACUACAAUUGUUAUUCCACCACCGCAGGAAAUCCAGUAUUGUCCAGUAACACAAUUUAUUGGACAACUUCUGCGAUUAUUGGUUUGCAGUAACGAAAAGAUAGGCUUAAAUAUUCAAAAGAAUGUCAAAGAACUUGUCGGGGAAGAGAUGUCUCCGCAACUAUAUCCCAUUCUUUUUGAUCAAAUAAGAGCUAUCGUUGAAAAAUUCUUCGAUCAGCAAGGUCAAGUUAAUGUGACUGAUAUAAAUACUCAGUUCAUAGAACAUACAAUUUACAUUAUGAAGUCCAUACUAGAUCCUAAGCCUAGUAAGGAUCAAAAUGAUCAACCUGCACCGUCGGAACAUUUAGGAGUCACAAGUAUUGAAGGAAUGAUGUUGGGCAUUGUUCGAUAUGUUCGUCAUUUAGAUAUGACUGUCUAUGCCAUUCGAAUAAAAACUAAACUGUGUCAAUUGGUGGAAGUUAUGAUGAAAAGGCGAGAUGACUUGGCCUUCAGACAAGAAAUGAAAUUCCGCAAUAAACUUGUAGAGUAUCUUACCGAUUGGGUUAUGGGCACAUCACAUCAAAUCGCUCCACCAAGUUCAGUUGAUGCUUCAAUGAUGACCAAUACUUCUCUUAUCUUCCGAGAUUUGGAUCAAGCUUGCAUGGAAGCUGUUGCUGCUUUACUUCGUGGACUUCCCUUGCAACCCGAAGAAUCAGAUCGGGGGGACUUAAUGGAUGCAAAAAGUGCAUUGUUUCUUAAGUAUUUUACCCUAUUUAUGAAUUUGUUGAGUGGCUGCAUUGACAACUCCGAAGCUGAGAAGGACAUUCAAAAUUCUCAAAUGCUUCCUCCACGCCCUCGAAUGGCUGCGGGUAAAUUAACAGCUCUGCGUAAUGCUACGAUCCAGGCAAUGUCAAAUCUGCUGGGAGCCAAUAUUGAUUCUGGGUUAAUGCACUCAAUUGAUUUGGGCUAUAAUCCUGAUCUACAAACGCGAGCCGCUUUCAUGGAAGUCCUUACACAAAUUCUCCAACAAGGAACAGAAUUUGACACACUCGCUGAAACAGUAUUGGCUGAUAGAUUUGAGCAACUUGUUCAACUAGUGACAAUGAUUAGUGAUAAGGGGGAAUUGCCCAUUGCAAUGGCUCUUGCUAACGUUGUCACAACCUCUCAAAUGGAUGAAUUAGCUAGAGUACUUGUCACACUUUUCGAUGCUAAGCACCUAUUAGCGCCUCUGCUGUGGAAUAUGUUUUAUAGAGAAGUGGAAGUUUCCGAUUGUAUGCAAACCUUGUUUCGAGGAAAUUCAUUAGGAAGCAAAAUUAUGGCGUUUUGUUUCAAGAUUUAUGGGGCUAGUUAUUUGCAAGGCUUGUUAGAACCACUUAUUCGACCUCUUUUGGAUGAUCCCAAUACGAGUUUUGAAGUCGAUACUGCAAGGCUUGAACAAGCAGAUGACUUAGACAAAAAUCGAUCGAACUUAGUAGCUUUGACACAAAAAGUUUUCGAUGCUAUUAUCAAUUCUGCAGAUCGUUUCCCACCUCAAUUACGUUCAAUGUGUCAUUGUUUAUAUCAAGUUCUAAGUAAACGAUUUCCAAACUUAUUGCAGAAUAAUAUUGGAGCUGUUGGUACUGUGAUAUUUUUGAGAUUUAUCAAUCCGGCUAUUGUUUCUCCUCAGGAACUUGGAAUAGUUGGGAAACAAGUACCAAGCUCAGCAAAACGUGGCUUAAUGUUAAUGUCUAAAAUACUUCAAAACAUCGCUAAUCAUGUUGAAUUUUCUAAAGAACAACAUAUGCUUUGUUUCAAUGAUUUUCUGCGUGCUCAUUUUGAAGCUGGUCGGAGAUUCUUCAUUCAAAUAGCCUCUGACUGUGAAACUGUUGAUCAAACAUCACACAGUAUGAGUUUCAUUUCAGAUGCCAAUGUGUUAGCUCUACAUCGUUUACUAUGGACUCAUCAGGAAAAAAUUGGCGACUAUUUGUCAAGCAGUCGGGAUCACAAAGCUGUUGGACGACGACCUUUUGAUAAAAUGGCAACUUUAUUGGCAUAUUUAGGCCCACCAGAACAUAAACCUGUUGAUUCACACAUGAUGUUUUCGUCCUUUGCAAGAUGGAGUUCAAUUGAUAUGUCCUCAACAAACUUCGAAGAAAUUAUGGUCAAGCAUCAAAUGCAUGAAAAGGAAGAAUUUAAGACUUUGAAAUCAAUGAAUAUCUUCUAUCAGGCGGGAACAAGCAAAUCUGGGUAUCCCGUAUUCUAUUACAUAGCCAGGAGAUAUAAAAUCGGUGAAACAAAUGGGGACUUGCUUAUUUAUCAUGUGAUUCUAAGCCUUAAACCAUUCUGUCAUUCACCUUUUGAAGUUGUGUUAGAUUUUACCCACACCUGCGCGGACAAUCGAUUCCGUACAGAGUUUCUUCAAAAGUGGUUUUAUGUAUUGCCUGCCGUAGCCUAUGAAAAUGUCAACGCAGUGUUUAUAUAUAAUUGUAACUCUUGGGUGCGAGAAUAUACGAAAUUUCAUGACAGAAUACUUGCUCCUUUGAAGGGUAACCGAAAGUUAAUUUUCCUUGAUGUUCCGAAUAAACUAAACGACUUCAUUGAACCCGAACAUCAAAAACUUCCUGGCGCAACAUUAUCACUCGAUGAAGACUUAAAAGUUUUUAGCAAUGCACUUAAAUUGAGUCACAAAGACACAAAAGUUGCAAUAAAAGUUGGUCCAACCGCUCUACAAAUCGCUUCGGCUGAAAAAACAAAAGUCUUAGCACACUCUGUGCUACUCAACGAUAUUUAUUAUGCAUCUGAAAUUGAUGAUGUGUGUUUAGUCGACGACAACCAAUUUACUAUAUCCAUUACUAACGAAACUAGUCAACUUAGUUUUAUACAUAACGAUUGUGAUAAUAUUGUCCAAGCUAUCAUUCACAUUCGCAAUAGAUGGGAACUCAGUCAGCCAGACUCGGUUACUGUUCAUCAGAAAAUUCGACCAAAGGAUGUUCCUGGAACACUACUAAACAUGGCUCUGUUAAAUUUAGGCUCUUCCGAUCCAAAUUUAAGGACAGCUGCCUAUAACUUACUUUGUGCUUUAACGGCUACCUUCGAUUUGAAAAUUGAGGGACAGUUAUUGGAAACGCAAGGACUCUGCAUACCAUCGAAUAAUACUAUAUUUAUUAAGUCAGUUAGCGAGAAACUGGCAACCAAUGAACCCCACCUAACAUUGGAGUUCCUUGAAGAAUGUAUUCAGGGAUUCCAAAGGAGUACAAUCGAAUUGAAACACUUAUGUUUAGAGUAUAUGACGCCGUGGCUCAAAAAUCUGGUUAAGUUUUGUAAAUCAAAUGAUGAUUCAAAAAAGUUGAAAGUCUCUCAAAUUUUGGAUAAACUUAUUUGCCUUACAAUUGAACAAAAAGAAAUGUAUCCAUCAGUACAGGCUAAGAUCUGGGGAUCUAUAGGUCAAAUUCCAGAACUCAUUGACAUGGUUCUUGAUAACUUUUUACACAAAUCUAUUACAUAUGGACUUGGAUCACCGCAAGUUGAAAUAAUGGCAGAUACAGCUGUAGCUUUGGCUUCAGCCAAUGUACAACUGGUGUCAAAAAAGGUUAUAACUCGCAUGUGCCGUGUAAUGGACAAAACCUGCGCAAACCCUACACAGUACCUGGAGCAACAUGUGAUGUGGGAUGAUAUAGCAAUUUUAGGACGUUAUCUUCUUAUGUUGUCGUUUAAUAAUUGUUUAGAUGUGGCGACACACUUGCCUUAUCUGUUUCAUAACAUCACUUUUCUGGUUUGUUCCGGAUCGUUAUCCAUGCGUGCAUCGACACAUGGUCUUGUUAUAAAUAUUAUUCACUCACUUUGUACCUGCACAAAACCGUCAUUUUCCGAGGAAGCCCAGCGGGUUCUUCGCCUUUCUUUGGAUGAAUUUUCUUUACCGAAAUUUUAUUUGCUCUUUGGCAUAAGCAAAGUCAAAUCAGCUGCGGUAACAGCUUUUCGUUCAAGUUGUCGUCACCCACCCGAUAAAUGGUUGGGAAAUGAACGAGUUUCCCAACCCUUACCAGCUGACAGAGAACGUCUGUCUUUGCCAUCAUUGGAGGUAAUAACUGAUGCUCUUCUGGAAAUAAUGGAAGCAUGCAUGAGGGACUAUCCUGAUUGUGAAUGGUUGCAAACUUGGACCUCGCUUUCGAGAAGUUUUGCUUUCUGUUAUAACCCAGCUCUUCAACCAAGAGCUCUUAUAGUUUACGGAUGCAUAAGCAAGAGUGUAACUGAUCAGGAAGUAAAACAACUUCUUAGAAUUCUUGUGAAAGCACUAGAAUCAUUCAAUGAUAUUAUUCUCAUUGAGGCUUUAGUAAUGUGUUUAACAAGAAUCCAGCCACUUUUAAGACCUGAAUCACCAAUCCACCGAGCACUUUUCUGGGUAGCAAUUUCUGUGUUGCAAUUGGAUGAAAUAACUUUGUACGGAGCUGGCUUAGCUUUGCUUGAACAGAAUUUGCAUACACUUAAGUCACAAGGAUCUUUUGAUAAGAUGAAUAUUUCUGAUGUUAUGUUAAGUACUCGGGAACCUCUUGAAUGGCAUUUUAAACAAUUGGAUCACGCAGUGGGGCUUUCGUUUAGAAGCAAUUUCCAUUUUGCGUUGGUUGGUCAUUUGAUAAAGGGAUUUCGUCAUCCAACUCCUACAACAGUCUCACGAACUUAUCGAGUUUUAACAAUGCUUCUUGGUAUUAUAUCGAAACCUGUUCGAAGAGAUAAAUUUGAAGUUACGCCAGAUAGUGUUGCAUAUUUGACAGCUCUGGUAGCUGUCUCAGAAGAAGUGCGUUCUAGAUGUCAUGUCAAACACGCCUUACCUAGAUGGCCAACUGAAAUGAGUACUGAGAAUCCCGAAAUAGGAAGCUCUACGUCGCAAAAUCUUGGAAUGACACUUUCAAGACGACAAAAAUCUUGGGAUAUCCUUGAUCAAUCAGCUUUGUCAUUUGCACGACAUCAUAAAGUUCCACCGCAUCAGAAUGCACGAGUUUUGUUCAAAACUCAACGAUCAUUUUCGGUACCAACGACAAAAGAUCCAAAUAAGUCAAAUGGAAUCGAUGAACGACAGGAACGCGGCUCGCGUUCGUCAGUAUCCAAUGAAUCAAAUGUUCUACUUGACCCUGAAGUCCUUCCUGAUUUAUCAAUACAAGCACUUGUGUUAACUGUUCUUGCAACCCUAGUAAAGUAUUCCACCAAUGAAAGCGAAACGAGAGUUCUUUAUCAAUACCUCGCGGAAGGAUCUGUUGUAUUUCCAAAAGUGUUCCCAGUCAUCCACUCCUUGCUUGAUCAGAAAAUAAACAACAUUCUGUCCAUGUCCCAUGAUCAAGUUGUCCUUAACUCUGUGCAAAAUAUUAUACAAAAUAUGCUCGCCAGCGAGGACCCAUCGCAGCAGCAACUACAUUUCCUUCAAAGCUGUGGCUUUGGUGGAUUGUGGCGAUUUGCCGGACCGUUUACCAAAUACAAUAUGAUGGGAGAAUCAUCAGAGCUUUUCGUAAAUUGCCUUGAAGCAAUGGUUGAAACUUGCCUACCUGGAGAUGAAACAACCCCAGUACCACCAUCCCCACGACAGUAUAACUUAAGUUCGAGUUUAAGCAGCUUGACUUUAGGGUCACCUACAGAUAAAGCUUUUUCAACAGAGUCACUAGACUAUGAUAAUUUUGGCGGCAGUGUUAGCUCUCUACGGCGUGCAUCCUGCAGCAAACCACGCAUCAAACAUCGAUUAACCGAUAGUCCUUCUAAAUGAGAGCUUCUGAAGCAUGAAUAACAACAACAUCACGCACUAGACGUACAAUAUUCGAAAGAAUUUUUCGCUUUUUAUCUUUUAUAAAGAAAUGUUUUUAAGAAAAAGUAACAAUUUUGAGAAACAGUUUUUAGUGACAAAUUUAAAUUUAUAUUGUAUGAUUGUGUACACGUUAAAAAGUCUAGCAAAUAACAAAUAAGGAAACGAAACAAAAAUUAAAACGAAAAAUAUAUUUUUAAUGUAAAUCUUAUUUCUUUAUGAAAGAAAUAGUUAGUGAUUUGCACACAUUAACUAUUUAUACUAUAUUAGAACAAUAUUUUUAGUCUUUCUUUAUAUAUUAAAUCUUCUAUCAAAUAUUUAAGUUUUAUUAUUUAUAAAAAUUAUUUACAUCUAUAUAUUUUUUUGCAAAUAAGAAUAAAAUUAAAUAUAUUACAGAAACUAAAUGUUGUGCAUUAUAUAUAUUAUACCUGUAUAUCUAAUAAAUGUGGUGUAAAAAUUAAACUUGUGCCAUAAACUUAUUCUUAUCUGUCUUAUAAAUGUACAAAUGUGUAUUUUAUUGUUAUAUUAUUUAUCUGUCCAUAUCAAUUGUUGCACUUAACAUUUUUUAUCUUCUGAUGAAAUGAAUGUACCUAACGUUUAGCGCAUUCCACACGCACACAAUUGAGCUAAUUGUAACAUUUGCGUCUUGUUAAAAAUCUAAACUUUUGUGUCCUAAGCCUAGCAUUGUUAAAUAUAUUACAAACACGAAAAUUGAAAAAAAUAGCCAGUGGGAUUAAUUCGAUUUAAUUUAAACAGUCAUCAGGAGAGUUUUAAAAGUAUUUAAACAUUGUUGUAGAGUUAAAGUUAUGCAUACACACUCAAUGUUUUUGUUGGAAAAAGUUUAAUUUGUGAACUUUUGGAUUUGAAGUUAUUCUCUUUUAAUGUUUGACAAUAAUAAAGUUUGCUAACAAUUGAGUUCAAAUAUUUUUAAUCCGUUUGUAUUUCAUAUCUAGUCCUAGUAGAGUUUUGGAUUGCUUUUGAGCGAAUAUUAUGAACAUAAGUUUAAAUUUUCGGGUUUAAAUAAUCCAGAUAAAUGUGAGGAUUUCAAAUUCACUUACAUUGCCAACCACUAAGAUGAGGACACCAGCACAAUUUUAGGAAACGUUUUUUUUUAUACCUGAAAUAGGAACGUUUUUACCCAUCACAAGUUCAUACAAUUAAAUUGCAACUUAGAAACGAGUGUUAGUAUUUCGUAAGACCGACAAAUCAACUACUAAAACAGCGUAAAAAAGUGCUUCACUAGGAUAAGGGCUUUAAGUGCAGCAUCUUACAUGUACGACCUUUUUAAAUUAUUGUAUUAAAUAUCUAUACGAUUGUUAAAAACAUCUGUUUUGAUUUAAUUUGGAACAAAAAUGAGUUCUGAAAAAACUUUGACAGCUAGCAUUAGUAAAGAUAGAUGUUUUCAAGGAUAUAGGGCUCUCAGGACUUGAAAUACAAAUAAACUGAUACCAUCCACAAAUGAAAACUACAGAAGGAGCAUCGAAUGAAAAAAAGAUAAGCAUUGGUGCUCUCGAUGGUAACAAAUUUUAUGUAAAUGAUCUGAGAAAGGAUUAGCUUAUUUUGACAAGGCGCCACAGCCCUAAAAUCAGGUGUAAUGUUGUGGAGAGCUAUAACCCACUAUGGCACAAUCAACUUGGAGCUUUUGUCUGCAACAAUGGGGAAAAACUACAAAUGUUUGCUGAAACAGUCAUUUUAAAAAAUUAAGAACAUUUUUAAACCUUUUCCUAGGAUUUUUCAACAAGAAAAUACUCCGUCCACAUUUCCAGGGUUGUUAGCAGUUGGAUUAAAUCAAAAGAUCUGUAAAAAUUGCCAUGGCUAUCAUAUUAACUUGUCUUAAACAUUAUUGAAAUCGUUUGAUUAUGGCUAUCGCGUUAUGUGUAUGAUUGUGCCAGACAAUUUGAAGACAA